AUGCAAAAGAAACCCGAUGGAAGACCGCUCGAUUUGCUGGAAAGCUUCAAACCUUCCAACGAAACGGAUCUGGCAAUACACGUGAAAAAGAUUGAGGAAGUAAGAAUGUGGCUUACGGAGGCCCAAAAAAUGCACCCCGCCUCUCAGAUGCUGCUCAUCACCGGUCCAGCAGGAAGCGGGAAAAGCAUUUGCCUUAAAACGCUCGCGCAAGCGAUGAAAUACGACAUCAGCGAAUGGACGACACCUGUCGAUGUGGAACUUUACUUCAACGAUGGGUACGAUUUCGAGGAAACGCGGGAAGAUAAAAAGGGUCGUCGGCCACAGAAGGCACUGUUUGAUGAUUUCCUGUACAAAACAUCUCGGUACUGUUCACUGUUCGGUACAGCGAGUGCAACCGGAAAGCUGCUGCUGGUGAAAGAUUUCCCAAACUCCAUGCUCCGCUCGCCGGAAGACUUUCACAAUUCGCUGGAACGGUUUCGAGGCAGUAGUACCGAUCCGAUCGUGUUUAUUGCCACGGACACUGCAAGCAAAUCGCUGGAUGUGGCAUACAAUUUGUUUCCGGCGACGGUUAUGGAUACCUUUCAGAUACAUCACAUUAAAUUCAAUGCCGUUUCGGCAACGUUGCUGAAGAAAGCGAUCAAGCGUAUGGGCGGUUUUAUAAGGGCGGAUAAAGAGCUGUCAAAGCUGUAUCAAGCCGUUCCUUCCAGGGCGGUGGAAGAGGACAUUAUAGCUUCCUCUCAGGGGGAUUUAAGAAACUGCUGUCUAAACUAUCUGUUCACCUGCAUGAAAUCUGAAGCAGGUCCAUGGCCAAAGCGCUUGCGGCUAGAUAGUGGCGGUGCUCACGGUAGCAAAAAAGCGAAAACAGGCGGAACUGCGGCAAAACAGAGGACCAAACCGGUGGGAUUGAGUGAAAAUUUAACGAUCAUGCAUGGGCUCGGACGCAUCUUUCAUCCCAAAUUUAUUAAACAGGAUGGAGGAGAUACGAGAUUUGUACAUCCGCCCGAAAGCAUUGCGGAAUGUUUUUUAACACAACCGGCAAGCAUCGUGUCGCUGCUUCAUUCAAACUACGUAACCCGCUGUUCGGAUAUUCAAAAUGUGUCCCGGGCAUCGGAUACGCUCACUGUAGUGGAUGCAAUCAUGAAUGAAUUUCGGAGCGAGCAAUUGGCAAUGUAUGGCUUAAACAUAGCCGUUCGCAGUAUGAUGGUGAACAACGAACAAACCGCGCACGGUUUCCAACCGAUAAGGAAAAAAAUUAAUGUCCAGCUUCACGACAGUACCAAAGCUUAUGCAGAGCAGCUAAAAAAAGUGGGUUUAAUUCUGCGCCCAGUACCGACCCGGAUGUUAGCUACAGAGUACAAGGGAUAUGUGUCCAUCAUUCAAAAAGCAGCAUUAAAUAAAUCUCACCUUGAUACGGUGGCCACGUAG